AGACCUGUCCACAAAGGUGGAGCCUAAAACAGACACGGCUUCAGGCUUUGUCAGGAGUCACGACAUAACCUGUCAAAUGAAACUACUGACUCCCUGACUACUGUGGUGAAGUGAUCUGCACGAGCACAAAGCCUCGCCUGAGCUCUCAACAUGGCCACAUCGGAGGACACUCCCUUCUCUCUGAGGAGUCUGGAGGAUGAGCUGACCUGCAGCAUCUGUCUGAGCCCCUUCGACUGUCCGGUGACCAUCCCCUGCGGACACAACUUCUGCCGGAGUUGCCUGCUCGCCACCUGGAAGGAAGCCUACAGCUGUCCCCAGUGUCGGACCCACUUCAGCACCAAACCGGAGCUGAAGAAAAACACGGUCCUCAGCACCGUGGUGGAGACCUUCAACCUGAGGUCGAACAAGAGCGACGUCUGUCUGUUAGGAGAGGAUCAGGAAGCCGAGUUAAAGGAUGUCAUACGGUGUGAUACCUGCAUGGAGGCAGAGGCGUCCCAGACCUGCCUCACCUGCAUGGCCUCGUUCUGUGAGGAGCACCUGCGUCCUCACCGGGAAAACCCAAAUUUUGCAGUCCACCAGCUGAGUGAGCCUGUCAGGGACCUGUCGCAGCGCAUCUGCACGGACCACCACAAGCUGAUGGAGCUCUUCUGCAAACAGCAUGUCCGCCCAAUCUGCAGCCUCUGCCUCCAACUAGACCACAAAGGCUGUCCCUUCACUUCUCCUGAGGAGCAGAGGACGCUGAAAGAGUGCGAACUCAGGGACAAGAUGAGUUUGCUGGAGGGGAAGAUCGAGAAGAGUGAGACUGUUAUGUUUCAAAUGAACGACGCCCAGAGCAAACUGAAGGCCGCAGCAGCCAAAAGAAAGGCAACUUUGGCCGCUGUGUAUGAGCAGGUGCGUGAUAUUUUGGCCCAAGAGGAAAGCAAGGCCCAAAAUGAGGUGGACCACGAGCUGGAGAUCGGUCAGACAAAACUUCGGGACCUCGAAAUGAAGUUAACUGACAAUUCUGCAAAGAUGAGAAAAGCCAAAGAGGAUAUCAACUGUCUGCUGAGUAGCUCCCAAACCCUGGCUUUUCUGAAGACUUCUUUUAACUUGCCUAAGGUUACAAAGUUUGAGCCUAACAUGCCCCAAAUCAACCUUGACUCCAAGAAGGUGACAGCAACACUGGCCUUUGCUGGUGCACUGAAAGUGCAUCUGACAGAAAUCCUUGAACAGCCCGUUGAGACCAGACUGCCAAUAACUAAACCAGGUGAAAAAUCCGCUCCCGUCUCAACACCUGCAAGCACUGGAAAUACUAGAUCUAAAUCAAGGCCUCCCAGGUCCCGCCGUCCAGCUUCCCCCCCCAUUCAGCCCUAUUUCCAGCCAUUUCCUGUAUCGCAUUUUCACCAUAUGGGCCCACAUUCCGCCUGGCAUAUGUCCAACCAGUGCGCACACGGCAUGUCACCAGGCUAUAACAGGGGUCGUUCAGCUUUCCCCGGAAAAGAGACAAAAAAAGCCACAACACCCAAAUCCACUAAAGACAUGAUGGGAAAAAUGAAUCUUGGCCGUUCCAUGGAAAACCUGCUGGCAGCAGUUCAACUUAGUCAGAAACCAGAACAAGCCACAACACCCAAAUCCACAGAAGACAUGAUGGGGAAAAGGAAACUUGGCAGUUCGAUGGAAAACCUGCUGGCAGCAGUUCAACUCAGUCAGAAACCAGAAACUUCAAACAUUCCCUCAAACAUAACAUCUGCUGAAAAAAGAAGUGACCUCCUGAAAUAUGGCACAGCGCUCACUUUGGAUCCAAAGACCGCCCACAGACGCAUCAUUCUGAGUGAGGAGUUUACUAAGGCGUCUGUGACAGAUGAGCAGGAAAACUACCCCAACUGCCCUCAACGAUUUGCUGUCUGCUCCCAGGUGCUCACCUCUCAGAGUUUCUCUAGAGGGCGCCACUACUGGGAAGUCCGACUCAGCUGCAACAACUUCAUUGGCAUAGGCUUGGCUUACCGCAGUAUUGACCGCAAAGGUCCCAACAGUAGACUGGGCCGCAAUGCCCAGUCCUGGUGUGUUGAGUGGUUUAACGUCAAGCUGUCAGCUUGGCAUAACAGCAGCGAGACCGUGCUGGCCAAUGUCAAUCCAAAGCGCGUUGGUGUGCUGUUGGAUCUUGAGGGCGGUGUGGUUACAUUCUAUAACGUGUCAGACAGGGCGUAUCCCUUCCACUGCUUUGCGUUACCCUUUACUGAAGCAGUGUUUCCAGCUUUCUGGAUGUUCUCAAGUGGUUCAUCCAUUUCUUUGUGCAAGCUGGAGUAAUGAGGAGCAUAUGCACAUACAAUUGCAUAUGCAACACACACACACACACACACACACCACUCUGCUUCUUUUUUUGUCAUUUCCAUGCAUAAAACAUUGGAAAACUGCCUGCUCUCGGCAUAAUUGAGGUUAGAGGAUGAUGAGCCCCACUCUGUGCUUACUGCACACAGUGAUGUAGCCUUCUGUUAAAUCUGCUUCAAACAAAGAAAUGCGGGAAUAUAUGGUUGUGGUUAUUCUGAGAAUAUUAGUGCACAGACAGCUUUGAGCGUCACAUCUGGAAUUGGUGUCGACAGUUACCAGCUUGCCGUAGCUAAAGUCAUUAGCUGUAAGCAUUACCUAUGCUAUACUAACUGAUUUACAGCAGCUGGAUUUGUGGUUCUGGGACCUCUACGAUGUCAGGCUUGGUCAGGUUUAAAGAUUCAGAAUGUUAAAAAUGAUUCAUCUCUAUGGACUGAAGUGUAGAAAAAAUUAAUCCAACCUUGUCAGUAAAAAUGCUUAUAUAUCUGUGGAUCUCUCACUUUUGCUUCCUCUGAAAGAACAUGUAUGUAUGCCAUCUAGACAACAGCAUGUUCUGUGUUCAACUAUCCCUUUCUGAGCAUUCAGUUAUGCUAUUCGAUUUACACAAGCCAUGUAGCCUACAGAAAAUAUAUUUAAUCAUAUCUUUUUCUUUUUUUCAUUAAAUGAAUAUAUCAUUUCUAUCGCCCACCUCUAUUUCCUCACUUCCUCAAAUGUUUGGCUGGUUCGGCUGAUGAGAACAGAGGUCACGUAGACUCUGGUUUUAAGAUGACGAUCGCUCUCUUUUUGUGUUUUGUUUAAAAGGCCAUUUGCCUCCGAGUUUGAGGUAAGGAAUACUAAGAGAGAGUGGAGGGGAUGAUGGAGCAAUGGUCCAUGGCUGGAUUUAAACCUUGGACGUCAUGGUUGCAUGGUACACCCCAUGGAAAUAAAAUGCUAUACUGUUUUAUAUCUAUGGUAGGCACAGUACACCAAGAGGCCAUCACAUUGCUCUGUUGGCUUUUACCUCGGUGGCAGGAAAGUAGCUGGAUGCAGUUUCACAGGGGAGAAUUAUUUGUUGUUUGUUACAAAGUUUACCCCGGCCUGUAAGAUGUGUGUGUUGAAGCACACUGGUGAUAAUUCACACAAGCAUGCUCAUCUUGCAGAUGCUAAAAGAUGUGAAAUGACAAACUGUACGGGUGUCGAGCAGUAUAGAUCUGUCUUCACAACAUGUACUGCAGCAAAUGUUCAGUGAAGAUUUAACGUGGUUCUCUGUUUUGACAAAGGUAGGCUGAGGACCAACGUCCCUGUAUUUAAGAGACACAGAAGACACUGUUGUCCACAGUGACUGACUCAUAAGCUUGUGAAGGUUCAAACAGGAUGAUCGCCCUGGUGAAUGAAUCCGUUAACUGUCGGUUAAUUGAAAAGAGCUCUGUGAAACAUCUCUGCCAGUGCACUUUAGGUCUGGGCCUUAGUUUAUUAGGUGACCUGCCGGCAUUAAAGGGCACGAUGAAUCACUGCACGCAAAGUCUGAACCUGUACAGUGAAAUGUGCGGUUUUCACCAUUUACUGUCGCUCAUCUUCCCAAUGGAAAAUAUAGGUUUGGUACAGACAGCUUUGUGAACUUAUUGAGGGCUGUACCAUACCACAAUGUGUUUCCCAACUCCUCAUAUUGUGUUGAAGCUUACUACCUAUCUUAAAUAACAUGGGUGUCUGUGAUUAGCGGAAUAAAGCAGUUAUGUUUGUUUGUAACUUUUGAAUUCAUUACUUUUGGCUUCUGUUUGUGUCUGGUAGAAAUGUAUUUUAGAUCAACGUCAGACUCCAGCGGCUAAAAUAAAGAUUUUGUUGAUCUGUUGCGAUUGUCCCAUGCUGGACUUGAAACAUUUGGACGUAAUGAAUAACUACAUCUGAGUUCAAGUGUCUCAGCACACUGGACUCUAACUGUGUGCCGUCUUAAGUUAAGACUGAAUCAGCCUUUGUGUAACCCUCCUACGUUUGAUUCCCCUGUGAAACAGGUAAAUGUAAAUUGCAGGUUCAUAUAUUGUCAUUGCUGUAGUGAUUUAAUUUGGUUUACUCCACAGGAGUUUAAGUAUAUGUGGUUACAGUAUGUUUAUACGUCUUUACAUAUUAAAAAGAUUAACAAAUGACUUGCAUGUAUUAAAAAAAAAAUUAAAAACAAUUCUCCCUCUGAAA